GUGGAAAAUAGUAUUGGAGGGGCAAAGCCCUCUCGUCUAAUAAGACCGAUAGAAAGUAAGAAUGGAAACAUUAUUUUAUAGUUGUCAUUGAAUACAUUUGUGCCAAUUUCGAUAUUUUUUACGUAGUGUCAUGUGAAUAUAAAGGCAAAAUCUUAUGAAAUAUAAAAUGCGAUGUUCGAAGUGCUACAAAUAUCUAAUCAAAAAUUAAUUUAUAUGAUAUGUUUUACUUUAAAAUAUAAUAUUAUAAACAAGUGAUAAAAAUUCGAAUAUUAUGUGGUUUACAUUAAUACCAACAAGACUGAUUAUGAAAUCAAAUAUAUCGACUGAAAACUAUGCCAAUUUAUAAAAUUAUUUCAUUAUUAAAUGAAAAAAAAAUCUUCAUUAAAAUUAACAGUAUUAUGAAUAUAUUAUUAUAUUUAUAACUAGUCUAAUUACUGUUAAUCUUGUUUAAUUGCUGCUACUUUUAUAAGAAAAAUUAAUAAAUAUAAAUGAAUGAAAUUAAUAUUGCAGCAUAUGAUCUAUAAAUAAUGCAUACAAUUUAUAGAAUCAUCCUAUAAUUGGAUAAAGGAAAGUAUUUAUAUAUACUUCAUUAUGUAAAAGAUUAAGAAAUUUAUAAUUUUAGAAUAGAAUUCUAUUAAUGAAAUAUAUUAAAAUAAACAGUGCCAGAUAUAAUAUAAUUCUUUUACUUCUAUAUAUAUCAAAGAAUUAUUGCCAUUUUUUUUGUUAUUUCAUGUUAUAAUAAUUUUUAAAAAAUUAAAUUAAAUAAUGUAAAUCUUAUCUAAUUUAUUCAUUUAAUAUCAAUCAUAAAGAAAAAUUAUUUAAAUAAAAUUAUUUAAAUAAUAAAAUAAUGGCAAUUAUAAAUAAAUAUUUUUUUAUAUAAUUGAAUUUCAAUAUAAAUAAAAAUUUACACAUAUGGGUUUCACAAAAAUAUUAAAACGCAUGCUUUAUGCAAAUUUUGCAUCAUGCAGUUCUAAAACAUUAGGAAUAUUAGCACCAUUAACAAUACCACCAUUACAUAUUGCAUUUUUAUAUUAUUUUUGGCAAGAAUAUUCAAGAGAUGUAGAUAAACAAUAUUGUUCUUGUUCAUGUUGGGACACAGUAUUUAAAGGAUCAUAUGAAUCUGGCAUUGCUUCUUAUAAACAUAUGUAUUUUAAUGCUACAUCAAAUACUUUAAAAAUAUGGAUUACAAUUGUAAUUGGAGUUAUUAUUUUCUAUGAAGUAGUGAAACAUUUAACAUGGCUGGCUUUUCAUAAUCGCCUUAGACUUUCUAUGAUGGUUCUUUUUUCAACUGCUAUUUUUUCACAUUAUUAUACUUGGUGGGUUUAUAUGAAUUAUUGGAAUGAUGAGUUCUAUUCUCAAUGGUACCAUCAAUUGUUUUUUUCUGUCACUGAGUUGAUGUCUACUUUUUUGGUUGUUCACUUGGCAAAUAAUAAAAAUCCAGUAACUCAUAGAAAAGCAUUUGGUAUAGCUGCAAUAGCUAUUUUACAUAUUGUAGCGGGUGGUUGGGAUCAAUUUGUUGCUAAUGUUGUCAGAGGAGAAGGGUAUGCCCAUCAGGUUGUACGUGAUCUUGGAUUUAUGAUCCCAGAUAUUCUCCAUGUUGCUAUUCCAUUAUGGGCAGUAAAAUGGAAAAAUAUAUAUAAUCUUCCUGGUUCUACUAAACGAGAUCCAAGUAUCAAAAGAGAUCUAGCUUAUAUGUUAGGGAUGAUAUGCAUAGGAUUAUGCAUUUGUGCCAUAUUAUAACUUAGCUCUUAUAAUGCCUAAGAAUAGUGUCUUAAAAAUAAAAUAAAAUAAUAAUUUAAUUUAACUUAUUUUCUUAUACAAAUUUGUGAAAGAUAUAUCUAUAGUUGAAUUUUACUAAAAGAUAUAUUCUAUGUAUCUUAUAAUAUUUUUUCAUGGUGCUAAUACUUAUGCUAAAAAUAAAUUUAGUUAGACAAUUAAGUUUAAUAAUUUAAAAAAAUAGAUUUCAUUAUUAUCUUGUCAAUUUUAUAUAUUCAAAGAAUAUUUUAUAUAUUCAUAACAUUUAUUAAAAAUUAUUUUGUUAGUAUUAUUUAAAAAUACCUGUAGAGUACAAGUUGUUUAUUAUAAAAAAUAUCUUUUAAGUUGUCAAUAUCUUUCUUUUUUUAAAUAAAUUCAAAUUUAUUUUGUCUAGUACAACAAAAUGCAUAUUAGUAAAUAAUAAAAAAAUAAAUAAAUGUAAAUAGAGAGAUUGCGAUUAUCAUUUAUAUCUUUUAAAUAUUAAAAUAAACAUAUUUAUAAUUACUUUUCUUAAAUAAAUAAUUGAUUAAUAACAUUAAUUAAAUAAUAAUUUUUGAUAUCAAAUUUGAUAUCAAAAUAUAAUGUAUACUAUGACAAGAAACGAACUAUAGUUAAAUAUGAAAUUAUAUAUUUUGUUAUUAAUAUAUAAAAUUGUUUUUAAUAUGUUUAUAACAAUAUAAAUCAAUUUAAUAGUAAUCAAUUAAACAAAUCAAAAUAAAUUCCCAUAAAUAGUAUACAUUAUCAUUCGAAAAUUAUGUAUUUAUUUUUUUAUAUAUAUGUAAUAAUUGAUUAUAUAUAGUAAUUAUAGAAAUUUAAUAUAAAAAUAAAAUCAUUUUUUUGGUUUUAAAACAUUUAUCGAUAUAUUUUUGUGAUUAUAGUUAUUAUAUCAAAAAACUGUAUAACAUCGUUAUGCGUGUGUAUCUUUAUAGUAUAUCUUAUAUUUGUUUAAAACAUUGUACAUUUGCGAAUUGUAAAAAAAAAAAAAUAACUACAUAUAAAUUACACGAACAAGAAACAUAUCAUACAUAACGUUCGUAACGUUUCUUAAAAGUAAAAGUAUAAAUAUGUUAAAUUCUAAUUCUAAAGAAAAAAUUAUGAAGCGACAAGUAUGAAAUAAUUAUUAAAGUCUUAAAGAGCAGUGUUCUUGAUAAUGAACAUAAGGCUACAACAAAGUGCCUAAAUGCAAUGUGAAUUAUUUUCGUUACUAUUGUUGACUCAAUAUUAUAUAUGUAUGAAUUAAUUCUACAGAUAGAAAUAGCAGGAUAUUAAAAGUUUUAACGGCACUAAUAAUGAAACAAUUAAUUUAAAAAUUGUUUUAUUACAAAAUACGAAAUACUAUUAAUAUCUAUAAAUUUAUCGAUUGUAUAGAUUGAAAUUAAAUAUUGCGAAUAUAAUAUAAA